AUGACGUCUGAAAAGGCCCCAACAAAGUCUCUAGGAAACGUGCUCGUGGUAGGAGGCUGCGGGUUCCUUGGUCAUCACAUCGUCCGGCAGUUGAGCGAGACAUAUUCUUGCAACCUUUCAGUCCUCGAUCUCAAAACUACGCGAAACCGAUUUCCUAACGUCUCAUACCACGAUGUCGACAUAACAUCCUCAGAGGCUGUCACUUCAGCUUUCAAAUCCCUCAAUCCACAAGUUAUCAUUCAUACAGCCUCCCCUGCAACUGUCACAGAGGGCAGUAGCAGUCGUGAAAAGGGCAAUGCAGGGAAGAUUUUCUACAAAGUGAACGUCGAAGGUACCAGAAAUCUUCUUGAGCAAGCGACUCAACUUGGCGGCGUCAAAGCCUUCGUAUACACAUCCUCUGCCUCCAUCAUUCAUGAUCACGGGUCGGACCUCAUUAAUGCCGACGAGCGCUGGCCUAGACUAUACGCUCCGACACAGAAAGAGUACUAUUCAGAGACUAAAGCUAUUGCUGAAGAAUCUGUUCUCGCCGCAAAUCGAAAAGAUGGCAGCGAUAUGCUGACAUGCGCUCUGCGACCUGCAUUACUAUACGGUGAAGGUGACAUGCAAUAUUUUCCAAACCUGAUGACUGCCUACGCAAAAGGACAGACCAAGUUUCAACUGGGCGAGAAUGACAAUCUUUGGAAUUUUACAUAUGCUGGUAAUGCAGCACAUGCCCAUAUACUCGCGGCUAUUGCUCUUCUACAAACCCACAGCCUGAACACUGAACCGCUCGACAACGAGAAAGUGGAUGGUGAAGCCUUUAUCAUCACUGAUGGCGAGCCUCUCUAUUUCUGGGAUUUUGUGAGAACGGUAUGGAGAGCCGCAGGCGAUAAAACAGAGCUGAGGCAGGUAUGGACAUUAGAUCGAAGCACUGGUCUAUUCAUUGCUACAAUUAUCGAAUGGUUGUUUUGGUUUGCUGGAGGCAGAGUGCCGAACUUGUCUCGCCAAAAAGUCAAUUACAGCUGUAUGGCCAGGUACUUUAGCAUCGAUAAGGCGAAGGACAGGCUGGGCUACAAGCCACAGACAGACAUGAAAGACGCGAUUGAGAGGAGCGUGCAGUGGUUCCAAGAAAGGCAGGAGGUUGGAGCCGAGAAGAAAGACCAAUAG